GUCAGCUAUCUGUCAGCCGCAGGUCAUUCCAGUUUUUCUGUAAAAUUUGUGGGUUUUUUCUCAUAGAACCAAUAUUUAUUUUAUAUAUAAACCUACAUUUCGCACUAUAUUUAAAAAAUGGCCCUUCGUAUGUUUGCCCGCAAUGUUGCGAGACAGAUGCAAGUCCGUGGGUAUGCUGAGGCCGCUGCCGUUAAAGAAGGAGAGAUGGCACUUACUUUGGCUGCUGGAAACAAAGUGUUCUUUGACAAGCAGGUCGUGAAACAAGUUGAUGUGCCAUCAUUCAGUGGAUCUUUCGGCAUCCUUCCCAAACAUGUACCCACCCUUGCUGUGCUAAAGCCUGGUGUAGUGACUGUAACAGAAAAUGACGGCAAACAGACCAAGAUCUUCGUAUCAUCAGGCACAAUCACAGUCAACGAUGACUCUUCCGUUCAGGUGCUGGCGGAGGAAGCCCACCCCCUGGAGAACCUAGACCGCGCGGCCGCGCAAGAGGCGCUCAGCAAGGCGCAGUCACAGCUCACCUCCGCUGCCAACGACAAGGCCAAAGCCGAGGCCGCCAUCGCCGUGGAGGUCGCCGAGGAGAUCGUCAAGGCGGCGAGCUCGUAGACAGCUCAGCUGUUUCUAGUUAUAUUUUAAUUAAUACCAAGCGACUGUACAGUGUCUCCAUGUGAUUGUGUGGCAAAUAAAACGCGAUGAUGUAGUU